AUGCAGCAAUGGACCGCUACAAAUGCAGUACCGCUGCGGAGGCUCACUGCUACGCUGCGCAACGGGGCGCAACUUACUUGGUUCAACGCGGACGACGAGAAGGCAAUGGUUGCGUGCGCGUUGGACGGCGACGUUGAGCCCGUGGGCUCCGUCGUCUGGCCUGCAGGCGUCGCCGCGAUCUCUGCGCUUGAGCGGCUUUCGAACGCCCGGCGCGGCGGCCUCCGCGGGCUGUCCAUCCUCGAGCUCGGCGCGGGAACGGGUCUCACGGCCCUCGCCGCGGCGAAGUUCGGCGCGCGUGUCAUCGCCACGGACGCCUCGGAGCUGUGCCUCCGGUUGUUGCGGGCGGCCCGCGACGCGAAUCCGGAUCUUAGCUUCGCGGUCGAAAAGUUAGAUUUUUCCGACGCCGCCGCCGUCGAAGCGCUCGUGCGCGCGCGCGGCCCGUUCGACCUCGUCGUCGCGUGCGACACGUUCUAUUCGACGCCGCUGGCCAAGGCGACGGCGGGUGCGGUAGCCGCGAGCCGCGCAACGGCGCGACUCGUGCUCGACCCGUGCCGCCCGACGCGCUCGCAAUUCGUGGAUCAGCUCAAGCGCCUGGAGGCCGCGAGCUGGGACGGCGGCGCCGACGUCGCGUUCCGCCCUUUACCAAUCGACGCCGGUGCGGUCCGCUUCGACGGCGACGCGAGCGACGAGCAAUUCUCGUUCGACGGCGCCUACGCAGCCGGUUUCGGGCAGCUCCCGCCCGGCCCGUUGUUUCGAUGUUGUAUAAGUUAG